CUUUCAUCGGCAUUCAUAGGAGCAGAGAACCUUCUGCCAGAUAUCAACUUCAGACUCAUUUGAAAAUUAUUAGUGUUGGGUUUGGGAAAAAUUAUAAAUUUUAGUCAUGCAGAUUUCGAGGACUACCAAAUUCACUGGCGUUUGCGUGGGUGUCUACAUGAGCUAUGUCCUAUUCAUAUUCUAUCUGUUGCCCAUUCUUAUGCCGGAUCCGGUCACCCUGCAACGGUCAGUCCUGGCCUACAAGACGCGUCACCUGGGCGAGCUGAGCAACUUCACCCUGGAAACUGGCGGGCAGCCUAUUCGUUCUAUGCUGGUCACUUUCCGGGGAUCGGGUGCCCUGACCUUGCUGGACAACCUGGCUCACCAGCCGGGCUGCUAUCAGCACUAUGCUCCUCUGAUCGCUUACGAGAGUCGCUCCACGUCGGAGCUGGAGCAAGGUCGGGCUUUGGAUGAGCUAGAGGCUUUGUACAACUGCAACUACAAUAAGUCCGAGAAAAUGAUCCUCAAUGGAAUGCGAUCUCCGGUCUUCCGCCGGUUCUACGGUGCUCAGUACAAGAUCUGCCUCACGUACAGCCAGGAGAUCUGCUGGGAUCGGGAAACGAUGGCUGCCAUCUGCAAGCUCCAUCCGUUUAUCAACAUGGCGGUGUACAACAUGCGACUCAAGUAUCUAGCCACUCUUUUGGAACGCCAAGAACUGAAUUUGCGAAUCCUGUUGAUGGUCCGUGAUCCUCGGGGCACGAUAUACUCCCGAUUGAGUAACAAUUGGUGCACGACUGAAAAGGAUUGUGAAGCGGAAGCCCUUUGUAGUGACAUGGUUAGUGAUUAUCAGGUGGUUGAGACGCUCACGAAAUUUUAUCCCCACCGUUUCAGCAUCAUACGUUAUGAGGACUUGGUCUUGCACCCUGAAGAAAGUAUCAAGUUGGUAUUCGAUUUCUACGGUUUGCCGCUGAGGCAACCCAAGACAAGCAUUCGAGGAAUUCAUCCUCGUAGUGGUCAGGGUGUAGAGUCCAUAGGGGUGGACCUUCGAUUGAACUAUAACAACCAGCCCGCCUACGACUGGAUGAGCAAAAUGAAAGUUAACGAUAUAAAAGCUGUUCAGAAAGUGUGCGGCGAGGCCAUGGACUUGUGGGGUUAUCAUUCGGUCCAGGACUUCAAAAACUUUUCGCCGGAAACAUUUGAACCAAUUAUGGGAAAAACUAUUGGCUAGUAAAUGUGGCAGGAUCAGAAUCUUUUUUUUGGGAGUAGUUUCUAGUUACUUGGAAAUUUAAAUCGGUUAGUUGUAUUAUUAGGUAAUACUAAGUGGACAUCAUCAUGAAAUAAAUUAUUUUUUAGCGUAAUAACAUA